UCCAUCCAUUGGCCAAGAAUGAGACUCAUUCUUGGCACCACCACCACCACCUCCUCCACCUCCUCCUCCUCCUCUAUUGUCGCACCGCCGCCGCACCAGGCCCACCACGGCCACCGCAACGGGCCCAAGCCCAAACCCAAGUCCAAACCCACACCCAGUUCCAAACACUAUAUUGCUAAGCUCUCUCCCUCCGCAACUCCUGCACCAGCACCGCCGACUGUCCAUUCUUCUCACGCGCCUCUUCUCUCCAGCCUCCGGUGGGACUAUACUUCCCAACUGAAGUACCAUGCGGACCUGGCAUCCAAGCUAGCAGAGGAUGGGAGACUUGAGGAGUUUGUGAUGAUUCUGGAGAGUGUAGUUGUUUCCGGUGGGAGUGGUUCAAAGUUUGUUUCUUUGUUGAGUUUUGAGUUGGUCUCACGUGGGAUUGUGAGGAGUCUUCUAGAUGGGAGGGUUCAUUGUGUUGUUGAGGUUUUGAAGAAAGUGGAGAAACUUGGUAUCGCUCCAUUGAAGCUGUUUGAUGGAAAUUCUUUCCAAUAUCUUAAGAAAGAGUGCAAGAAGAUUGUGGAUUGUGGUGAAUUGGAGAAAUUUGUUGACUUGAUUGACACUCUUGCAGGGUUCCGAAUUCCCAUCAAAGAACUGGGUGACUCAUACCGCAUUGUAAAGUUUUGUGUUGAUAAACGUGACACAAAUUUGGCAAUCAGAUAUGCAAGCAUACUUCCACAUGCACAUAUAUUGUUCUGUACCAUUAUCCAUGAAUUUGGAAAGAAAAGGGAUUUGGUUUCUGCUUUGACGGUAUAUGAAGCAUCCAAGAAAAACUUGAUUGGUCCUAAUAUGUACAUAUGUCGUACGAUCAUUGAUGUUUGUGGUCUCUGCUGUGACUACAUGCAAUCUAGGAGUAUUUAUGAGGAUUUACUAAGUCAGAAGAUUGCCCCGAAUAUAUAUGUGUUUAACAGUGUCAUGAAUGUGAAUGCCCAUGAUCUGAAUUUCACAUUACAAGUGUACAAGAAUAUGCAAGAGUUUGGUGUCAUGGCAGAUAUGACAUCUUACAAUAUCCUCUUGAAGGCAUGCUGUCUUGCUGGAAGGGUUGAUUUGGCACAAGAAAUAUAUAGGGAAGUAAUGCAUUUGGAAUCAAAAGGAGUGCUGAAGUUGGAUGUCUUCACAUAUAGCACAAUAGUAAAGGUUUUUGCAGAUGCAAAAUUGUGGCUAUUGGCAUUACAAAUUAAAGAAGACAUGCUAUCCGCGGGUGUUACUCCUAAUACAGUUACAUGGUCAUCAUUGAUCAAUGCUUGUGCGAAUGCUGGUCUUGUAGAGCAGGCACUUUGUUUAUUUGAUGAGAUGCUUCUGGCUGGCUGUGAACCGAAUUCACAGUGUUGCAACAUCCUUUUACAAGCUUGUGUUGAGGCUUGCCAGUAUGACAGAGCUUUUCGUCUCUUCUGGUCCUGGAAGCAAAGUUCAGCUCGGCAGACUUUUUGUGAAGAUAGCAAUGGCGAUAAUAGCAUUUUAAGUACAGAGACAAAACACAACUAUUUUGUUACUAGUACACAGAGUGUUGUAUCAAAUCCACAUCAUUUAAGCUUUUCCAAGAGGUUUCCCUUUAAACCCACAACUACGACAUACAAUAUUUUGAUGAAGGCCUGUGGUACUGAUUACUAUCAUGCAAAAGCUCUAAUGGAUGAGAUGAGAACAGCAGGUCUAUCCCCUAAUCAUAUAAGCUGGUCAAUUUUGAUCGAUACUUGUGGAGGAUUGGGCAACAUAGAAGGUGCCGUCCAGAUUUUGAAUAGUAUGCGUAAGGCUGGAAUCAAUCCUGAUGUUGUUGCAUAUACCAUAGCUAUCAAGGUUUGCGUGAAAAAUAAAAACUUGAAGUUGGCAUUUUCAUUAUUUACAGAUAUGAAACGGUAUCAGAUACAACCAAAUUUGGUAACAUAUAAUACACUUUUGAGGGCUCGAAGUAGAUAUGGUUCCUUACAUGAAGUGCAACAAUGUCUGGCUGUAUAUCAGGAUAUGAGGAAAGCAGGGUUCAAAUCCAAUGAUCACUACCUCAAGGAAUUAAUUGAGGAGUGGUGUGAAGGAGUGAUACAAAACAACAAUCAGAACCAAAGAGAGCUCACUUCAAGCAAAGGAACCAACUUAAGAUCCCAGAGCCUAUUGCUUGAAAAACUUGCAGAAAACUUGCAAAAGAGCAACGCUGAAAACCUAGCAAUUGAUCUACGGGGUCUAACAAAGGUUGAAGCACGGAUUUUUGUUCUAGCAGUUCUACGGAUGAUCAAGGAGAACCAUUCUCUAGGGAUUCCAGUCAGAGAUGACUUGUUGAUAAUCUUAGGACCCAAUAAAGUAGAUGUAAAUCCAGCCGAAAGCAAAGACUCUGAGGUGAAAGAUGCAAUAACUAAACUUUUGCAGAAUGAUUUGGGCCUCAACGUCUCGUUGGAUGGACCUAUAAUCACAAUUGAUAAAAAUGUAGAUAUGGACAAGCCUUUUGAUUCAGAUCCUAAUUCGGAAGAAAUUUUGGGAAGGAAAAGAUUACACAUGAAAUUCAAAUCUUCAACUAGGAGGCCUGCAAUUCUACAAAGGUUAAAGGUGACAAAGAAAUCACUGCACCGCUGGUUGCAGAGAAGAAUAGGUGGCACUACAAGGUAAUUAUGUUGCAUGUACAAAUGCCAAUUUUGUGUAAAAUUUUGUAUAAGUUAUAUUUGAUUUUGCUGUAACUUCUUCAGAGGAAUAUAACUAAAUAAGCCUCUAUCUAUCUAUCUAUCUAUCUGACAAAAGACAUCAGUUUAUGUCAAAUGUAAGUAGUACUCAUAACAUAAUAA